AACAUGAAACCAGAUUUACGAAACUGGAAUGCGAUAUUUCACUAAUCAAGGAACAGAACUCGCAAGGCACAGAUACUAUUAAUUCGCAGAAUCCAAUAAAUUUACAAGUACCCAUUCUCCCUGAAAUAAACUCUGAUAAUACUCCCAUAAAGAAUAUUUCUUCAUAUACCGAUGUGAACUGGCUAAAGGCUAAGAGCCAACCCGAUAAGGAGGAAGCUAUUAAUCCCGAUCCUAUACCCGAAAUAGAACAUAUCUCAACCCAAUCCGAAUCACAAAUAACUUUUCUAUCUAUUGAAUCCCGCUCCGAUAAAGAAACUUCAAUACACUGUGAAACAAAUGAUUCUAUAACUAGCAUUACUCCUGUAAGUAUAUCUACUGAAGAGAUUGCAUCUAAUUAUACAGAUACUGUUACGCAGACAAACAUCUCUGGUUUUAACUGGGAUCCCUCUGAUGAUAGUGAGAAUGAUGGUGAUUAUAUGGGCGCAAUGUAUUUUGAUGAUGAUGCAGGAUAUUAUUACGAUCUAAAUAGCGGGAAAAAAACUUAUAAAAACUCAUCUAUAGGAUACGACCUUGGAUUAGACGUUACUGGGUUAGACGGUGUUGAGUUAGGUGGUGCUGGGCUGGGUUAG